AUGACUUCUCCCUGCGGGCUGCUCAAGCUGGAUGCUCACGUCAACACAAAAGGAAACUAUGUCCCAGGUGCAUUUUGGUUUCAUGUGACGCUGAUAUUGUGUCUACCGAGUGUCCGAGCUCUGUUGCAGUUCAGGGCGAUGAUCCUCUGCGCUGCUCCUGGAAGCCAACCGGUGCUGGACUACACUGACUAUGGCUGUUACUGUGGGCUAGGAGGCUCCGGCACACCUGUGGAUGAGCUCGACGGAUGCUGUCAGGUCUACGACCAGUGCUACACUGAUGCCAUGCAACACGAAGCUUGCCAGCCCUUCGUGGACAACCCUUACACUGAAACAUACAGCUACAUCUGUGACAAGGCCUGCAAGACUGUCACCUGUCCGAUGGGAGUCUUCAACAACAAUAUUGUCUUAAACAUGGCAACUUUUAUCUACUAUCUAAUGAGGUUUCUGUCAUUAUUUUCUAACUGGGCCUUUGGAAGACAAGGAAUUAAUUGUCCGUUAUUAUAGUGUAUAUAGCAACUUCUUAUAUCUCUGUUGGUCCCUCAUCUGAUGACAGAUGACAACAGUCCCUGUAAGAAGUUCAUCUGUGAGUGUAACAGGAAAGCAGCCAUGUGCUU